UCCACAUCGAUCGUGUUGACAAUUUGAUAUGGUUUGCUUCCAUUUGUACUUGUUCAAAACACCAGAGAUCUAUAGUAACAAAACCAAGUCGGAUUCAACCGGUAUCCGCGACUAGAUGAAUUAAGCUUUGGGUGCUGUCAACUCAAUGUAUGGAAGAUCGAUGACAGGAUGAGGUAUUGGAAGUAUAAUCGACCACGAUGAAGUCACAAAAAUAGUGCAAGUUCAGGCUGCCAUCGGAUGGCCUCAGUUUUCCGGCUUUCCUGAUCUUCCAUCUCAACCUUUUGUCUUCUCCUCACUUCUUCAUCUCCACCUUCUCUCCAUCUCCAGCAUCAUCUUCUCCCCCCCUUCCGUUAUCCUCGGUCCCUUGUUCUUCUCCGUUCGGAAACAUCUCUCCUAUCUCCCUGCACCUUAUAUGCCACCACCACGUCGGCUUCCAUAUAACCACUGUACCCACUCCCAUCAUUCCAGUCCACAUUGCUCAGUAUUACCCCAUUUGGACUGUGAGCAAACUGGAAUUGAGUAUACUCGAUUUGCAACUGGACAGAAUUGAGCAAAACUAGCCUUACUUCCCGUGACGGUCUUUUGCUGUGCCAUGGAAGCCUAAGUUACCUUAGAUGAUACAAAAAUGGCCCCCACAAAGAAGCCAGUAACCAAGCACCAGGCUGUGAUAUCGGGGCGCGUACUUCGCUCAGGGAACCGCUCUUCUGCAGCCACACUUGAUCCGUCAAAGAUUGCAAGUCUGGUCGAGGAGGUGGUAGAUCCAAUCCCCGUGACUCCAAUCCCGGUGGAUGGAAGUCCUCCAGCGUGGGCUGAGUGUCGCCCUGAGCUUUGUGAUGCCCUUCCUUGGUUCCGUUCCGUCCAAGGGGGGGUGUAUCAUUCCGGAAACAUCUGCCUUGGGUUUCUUCUCGAUGCCGACUGUGGUAUUCGCUCCCACAUAGACGAUGAAGUGAUCAUAACCCGCGUAGGGGGCGGUUGCACCAAAGAUGCGCAGGGAAACCUGACCCUGAUCAAGGAUCAAGACUGCGACGGUUCAGCGCUGACCAGCCUUUAUAACAGCAAGGAACUUAAAAUCCCCAUCGGUAUAAUAAUAGGGAAUCGCAACACGGUCCUGGGAAGACAACUCCCCCAUCGGUAUAACGUGAUGGAUUACUUUCUCAUUUCUGACAUAUGGUUUGAGAAGGUCGGGGAGAGAAAAGGGGCAAAAGUCCGGUUUGAAAAGCUAGACCUGAGCGCAAAAAGCUGGUGGGCUGUCAAGGGAUCCCCGGAGCCCGUGGCUUAUGAUAUGCGUGAUAACAACCACGUUCAGCCCCAGGUAGAAGUGUGUUUUGAUUGUGGUUUGACCAGUACACAGAUAUACAAUGAGGGGUGGAUGUGUCUCAGUCCGGGUUGCAGGAAAUUCUGGAAGAUCAACGGAGCAGCCCCAAUGGCUCUCACAUUCCACCCUAACUUUCUGAACUAUCGGAUGACCCCAUCAGAACACAUUAAACAGCAUUACAGCCUAGUGCCGGAUUUGCUAUCGUCACUCAAAGAGAGUACUCUUCGCAUUUCAUGGAGAGGUAUAGUGUGUCCUAGGUGCUCCAAAUGCAUAUCUCGCAGAUUCUGGCAAGGCUGGAAAUGCACAGAUGACGACAUUGCUUCGGGCCAGCCAGGCAAUCCUUGCCUAUAUCAGAAAAUGAUGCCCAUAGACGUACUCUCUCUGCGAUCAGUGAUCGAUGAAUUCGAGAUCAGUCCUAUCAAGCGGGCGCUGUACUUUGAUUCUAAGUAUCUGAUCCCAGAGGUUGAUGACAUAACGUUAUAUCCAUACAGAAAACUCACCUAUAACAUUCCUCGGGUCGGAUCAAUCACUCAUCUAGUCUCCAGUAGGACUAUCAAUAGUCGUGCCAACGGUCCGAAUGAUUUAUUCGACCAGUUACAGCAGGCUGACCUUGAUUUGCGGCGCUAUCCCUUGCAGCAGAGUGUUGUCGCUGGUACACUUACGGCCCACUUUGCCGUCAAUUAUGGCAUGCCAUAUAAAUAUGUUGUUUCGGUAGGCUCCAAAGGGUUUGACGAAGCCCCUUGCGAAAUACUACGUGCCUUGGGUCGUCUCAGCUGGGCAACCGAAAAAGCCGUGUCCACCGCCGGACAUCAGCCCCUUUCCCCGAAUGAACUGCUACUACUCGGAUAUCUGGAGGGAAUGAAGAUAGGAUACCAUGAUGAUGGAGAAUCCUCGCUUGGCCCAACCAUCGCUACAUUGUCUCUUGGUGCCAAGUCCACCAUGUUGAUUCGAAUGAAGUAUAAAUACUAUCACGGGCAGAGCAAAGCAAAAGUGCCCCUGGCAGAUGAUCCUAUUCUGGAAGGCUGUGAGCUCCAGAAGCAGAGGCAGGCACUCAGAGACCAGCUCAUUGGCGGUCAUAUAGCGCAAGUGGGUUAUGAGAAACGGCUCAAAGAACUCCUCAGACAAUGCCGAAGUGGAGAGGCCGCACCCACCAUCAAAAUGGAGCUGAACCACGGGGACCUAGUUGUCAUGCAUGGUUCAAGACUGCAAAAGUACUUCGAGCAUUCGGUCAUUCCUGACAGCAGACUGCGAUUCGCCCUGACAGCCCGCUACAUCAAACCAGAGGGCCUCAGUGCCGAAGAACUGAAGAAGGGACAAUUUACUCUCUCACCCGAUCAAAUCUACGACGGACAGUAAUAUUAUGGCCUGUUGCCAGGACCUGCAUCCACUUAUUUUUAUGUCUAAUAUCGAAGUGUGCAUCGUAUAUGGUCCCGACGAACCUGAAAGAGUAUCAAAAAGAGGAAGAAACUCAAAACAGAAUGAGACAGAAAGACGCAAAAAAACAGACACCGUCUCACAUGUUACGGGCUAAGCCCUAUAUCCAUACAAGACAAGACAUCGUUACCAACCAGAGCUGACGUCUCCAUCCCCCUCCCUUCCCCUAGUCACUAGGACUAAUACGAACCUGAUACGAAAAGCUCGCGCGGUGCACGAAGCCAAAUGGAGGGACAGUAGCG